GUGAUUGCACUUAGUAAGAGAAGCAAGGAGGCUGAGACGGCUUUCCUGAGCAUUUACAAGCAAUUAAUCGAAGCUCCAGACCCCGCUCCUGUGCUGGAGGCUGCCCGGAGCCUGGAGGAUCGGCUGCAGCGGCCCCAGCGCCUCGAGCCUGAACCGUCCCCGCUGAAGGACCUCAGCCGCCCCUGGAAGAAGCACCCGGAGAUCGUUGGCACCAAAGAGCGCAAAGAGGGGACGUCACCAGCAGCCGGGCUCACAGCAGCGGCCGAGCCCCCGCUCUCCGGCAUCGCUGGCAAAGCGCUGUGCGCCGAAACCUUGCUGCAGAGAAAUGAGGCAGAAAAGCAAAAGGCAGAUGAAGUUGCCAUGAUCAUGACGAACCUGGAAAAAGCCAACCAGCGAGCGGAGGCGGCGCAGAGGGAGGUGGAGAGCUUGCGGGAGCAGUUGGCAGCUGUGAAUAGCUCCCUCCGCCUGGCCUGCUGCUCCUCGCCGGGCACUGCUGGG